AUGGUUCUAAUGACAAUGAUCGGCCGUGUGGCCGAUGGUCUUCCUCUCGCUGCCUCUGUUCACAAUGAUAUGCGUGAUGAUUCCGGUCGUAGUGGAAAUGAAUACCAAAAUCAAGCAAAGAAUAUUCUUCGUCAUCUAAGUCCGAAUUCUCCAUCAAAAGCUAGUAUUGAAAGUGAUCCAUAUAUUUUUCACUGUUUAAUUGAUCAUGAUGUUUGCUAUAUAACCUUAUGCGAAAAAACAUUUCCACGUAAGAAUGCAUAUGAUUAUCUUGAAGAUCUUGCACAAGAAUUCAUAGCUCAAUAUGGACAAAAAGUUCAAUUAGCUGCUCGACCCUAUUCAUUUAUUGAAUUUGAUAAUUAUAUACAAAAAAUGAAAAAACAAUAUGCUGAUAGUCGAACCUCACGAGAUACUACGGGUCGUUUACGAACGAAUUUACAAGAUAUACAGAAUAUAAUGGUUACCAAUAUUCAAGAUGUUAUAUCACGUGGAGAAACAGUGCAAGGGCUUUCUCAGAAAGCAGCAAAUCUUGCAUCUAUUUCUCAACAAUAUCGUAAAGAUGCGAAUUACUUGAAUCGUAUGUCAUCAUUGACAAAAAUUGGUUUAACUGUUGGAAGCAUUGUUAUAUUAUCUCUCAUCGCUUAUGUUUUUAUUUUUUAA